AAACGUUGCACCCGCGUCACAUGACUCGUUCGUCUGAUCGCUUAUUGCUUACUAAAGCGUCAAAACGCUCAGUCAUUGUAUUUCUGAUUUUGCGACUUUCAAACCGCUACGAUGAAGAGUUUUUAUCUGCUUCUAUUGUCGACGUUAGCUCUGACGAGCGACGCGAUUGUUAGAAUUCCCUUGAAGAAAUUCCGCUCCAUCAGGCGAGAGUUGACCGACUCCGGGAAAAAUGUAGAGGACCUGGUGGCGGCCGGCAAGCACUCCCUCAAGUACAACUUUGGCUUUCCCUCAAGUAGUGGACCCACUCCCGAGACCCUAAAGAACUACCUUGAUGCCCAGUAUUACGGUGAUAUUGGCCUGGGCACCCCACCUCAGCCCUUCACCGUCGUCUUUGACACUGGUUCAUCCAAUUUGUGGGUUCCGUCCAUCCACUGCUCCCUUCUUGACAUCGCUUGCUUGCUUCACCACAAAUAUAACUCUGCCAAGUCCAGCACGUAUGUGAAGAAUGGCACCUCCUUUGCAAUCCAGUACGGAAGCGGCAGUUUGUCGGGCUACCUCAGUCAGGACACGUGCAUUAUCGGAGACCUAUCUGUGGAGAAUCAGCUCUUUGGGGAAGCCAUAAAGCAGCCCGGCGUGGCUUUUAUUGCUGCCAAAUUUGAUGGGAUCCUUGGCAUGGCCUAUCCACGCAUCUCUGUGGAUGCUGUGGCGCCAGUCUUUGAUAACAUCAUGAGCCAGAAAAAGGUUGAGAAGAAUGUGUUCUCCUUCUACCUUAACAGGAACCCUGACACUCAGCCCGGUGGUGAGCUGCUGCUGGGAGGGACAGACCCUAAAUACUACACUGGUGAAUUCAACUAUGUCAACGUCACCCGCCAAGCGUACUGGCAGAUCCACAUGGACUCCUUGCAAGUGGGCAGCCAGCUGAGUUUAUGCAAAAGUGGCUGUGAAGCUAUCGUGGACACCGGCACGUCUCUGAUCACUGGCCCCGCUGCGGAGGUCAGAGCACUGCAGAAAGCCAUCGGAGCCACUCCGCUCAUCCAGGGAGAGUACAUGAUCAACUGUGAUAAGAUCCCUUCACUGCCUGUCAUCACUUUCAAUGUGGGUGGCCAGUCUUACAAGCUGACUGGAGACCAAUAUGUCCUCAAGGAGAGCCAAGGUGGAAAGACCAUUUGUCUGAGUGGCUUCAUGGGUCUGGACAUCCCUCCCCCAGCAGGUCCCCUGUGGAUUCUGGGAGACGUCUUCAUCGGCCAGUACUACACCGUGUUUGAUCGAGAGAACAACAGGGUUGGCUUUGCUAAAUCCAAAUAAGAAUCAAAUAUAUGCAGAGCAGUACAGUGUUAAAAAAAUAAAUCACACAACGGCAUUUUUCUGGGCUACACAACUUUUGCUGCUUCGCAAUCAAACUAAUUAGCAAUAGAUUUUGUGUAGAGCUGACAUGCACUCCACGGAAGAAGAUUUCAGACUGGUUUUAGAGGUACUGCAUGCAGCUAAAGGAGGUGGACGUGUUUGAGCUGGUUUUCCAUUUUCAUCAGGGACUUGUUUUAAACAAAUUUUAAUAUAAGGUGAGCUUUGACUACUGACUGAUGUACCUAUUUUGCAAUUGGCCUUAAUGCCUCAAUAAACACAAUUAAAAUUGUCA